GGCGCGAAUGAAAAUAUAUAUUAGAUUUCAGUACACAUUCGUAGUAAUGCUGCUACUGCUGCAGGCGCGCACGACGGCCGAGUGCGUGCACGACAGCACGGGCAGCGUGUCCUGACCGAGUAUGGAAGACGGCGCGCACACGCAUCCCACCCCCGACGCUGCCCAUGGCGUGAACAUGACACAUCAAUUGGAAUAGAAUACGUACCAUAACCGCCACCAUAUGGCAGCUCCCGCUGGUUUCACCGCGCAGAUUGAUGUUACAGCACUCUGCCGUAAGACGGCGGUUCAUCCGAACAUUCGUUCAGCGGAUUCCACGCCUUUCCGCACCGUCGCGACCGCCAAGCCGGGUAUUUGCACCAGGCGUACUGAUGCGUUGUGAUCGCGCAGUGCUGUACGAGCAGAGCGGCUUGGUUUUGUGUCCGACACACGACAGCUCGGGAGGGCUCUCCCGUCUGACUUGUUUUGAUUGACAGACAGGCACCGUCAGCCCCUCCUGUGGUCGGGGUGUGCAAGUCCGUACCGCGAUCACGUCAGCGCGGUCUCGUCAUGCGUGCUGCUCGGUGCUGUUUGUAUCGCCAUUUGCCUUGUUUGCCUGACUGAUGGUGUCUGACCGGGUACGCAAUGUCAGUGCUGA